GUACCCGCUCCAUUUCCUAAAUUUAGGACGUGCGACUGUUUUGUGGUGCUACCAUUUUUAGUUUUUUUUAGUGCCCAAAUAAUCAGUUGUAUUAAAAAAAAAAAAACUCCAAUCAAAAUUCGAAAUUGAGAGAAACAGAGGAGAUAACCCAAAAAAAAAAAAAUCGUGGCUGCCAAUUCCAACCAUUUGUUUCUUCCUUUCACGAUUUCUUGGGCUGAGAAGAGAUGUGGUAUCUGUCUAUACGCGGCAUCUUUUUUCGGGUAAACUUAAAAUAAAAAAAAAAGAUGUUAUGGUAUACUCUCUGUUUGUUUUAAUAGUAAAACAGAAAGAAAAAAAAGCAAAGGACAUGGCUAGUGGCAAUGAGUAGUGCAUCAAAGACAGACGGAGAUGAUGAUGGAUGCGAUUUAGCGAAGCAACCCAAUUCUUACUUACUGGCUACUAGUUGUAGUAUCAAAACAAUAACUUGAAAAAAAAAGAUUCCUUUUUUGGGUUUGCUCUGCCGGAAUCAGUUGAAUCAGCUAAGGGCAGCAGCAGAAGCAGAGAGGGAUGAUGGACAAUAAGGUAGGCGAAGAAGAAGAAGAAGAAGAAAGAUGGUGCAUGGAGUGCCUUGAACGACGAAUCAAAGCCGACUACAAUCAAAAGCUCAACUUUGUUUAUGGGCUGUCCCCCCAUUAUUCUCCCUUGCCUUUUGCCUCCUCCGCCGUCGUUCAGCUAUCCGGUUGGAAUGGAGAAGGAGAGGCUGCGUCGGCCUCUGCAUCACCUCCUGAAUUUAUAAUCAACUACUAUAAGAGACGAUCACGCCAGCAUCAUUGCUUCACCCAAUACAUUGACGAGUGCUGUCUGGAUUAUCUUAAAGAUAGCAUCGCUGAAGAUUCUGUUUCUGGAGUUGUUCAUGAACUUCAGCCAGAGUUCAAACCUGGAAUUCCUACUGAUAAAACUAUUACACUAGAAAUUCAAUCGACUGAAUGUCGGCAUUUGUCAAAUGCUGGAACAAGUACACACCUACAUGGAUUAGGGUGUCGGAGUUCGACCUGCAACUUUUCUGGUUGGUAUUCUUGCACUAGGACCAUCACUUCCUUGGCUCCCAUUGCUCGGGUUGGUGUUUGUUCCUAUGCUUUGUUUGAAGAGAUUGCUUCAGACUUCUUGUCUGGAUCUGUGGAAGAUCAUGUCUUACACUCUCUUAUUCUCUUGAUAGAGGGAAAAGCCACUGGGCAAGAAGCCAUUAACUUUCUUAAUUUACUUGGGGUGCCAGGAUUCGAUGAUAUUAACUUUCCUGGCUGCAUAAGGCAUCCAAAUAUAGCUCCAAUCUUGGGAAUGCUGAAAACAUCCAGUCAAAUCAAUUUUGUUCUUCCUAAAACUCCCUAUACCUUGGAAAACAUUCUUCAUUACAGUCCUGGUGCUUUAAAGUGCGAUUGGCAUGCUAGAUUUCUAAUAUACCAAAUACUUUCUGGAUUGUCUUACAUGCAUGGUUUAGGAAUUGCCUAUGGUAAUGUGUGCCCGUCGAGUAUAAUGUUGACUGAUACAUGCUGGUGUUGGCUGCCAGUUGGUGAUAAAUUAGUACUAAGCUCUGCUUCAAACUCAAAUGUAGACAUAUUCUGUCCUUUAAGUAGAAGUUGCUCAAAUAAGGCCUGCUCUUCUGGAGGACUCUUCGCAGAUUUAAAACUUUCUCAACCUGUGGACUUGUGUUCUAGUUUCUACCGUUGGUACAAUGGGGACUUGAGUAAUUUUGAGUAUCUUCUGGUCUUAAAUAAGAUAGCUGGGAGAAGGUGGGGUGAUCAUGCAUUCCACACAGUUGUGCCAUGGGUUAUUGAUUUUAGUGUAAAACCUGAUGAAAAUGAUGGAGCUGGAUGGCGAGACUUAAGCAAGAGCAAAUGGCGGCUGGCAAAAGGUGAUGAACAGUUGGACUUUACAUAUUCAACAUCUGAAAUCCCACAUCAUGUAUCAGAUGAAUGCCUUUCUGAACUUGCUGUCUGCAGUUACAAGGCAAGACGAUUACCUCUGAAUGUUUUGAAAAUGGCUGUUCGUUCAGUUUAUGAACCAAAUGAAUAUCCUUCUACAAUGCAGAGACUCUACCAAUGGACCCCUGAUGAAUGCAUCCCAGAAUUCUAUUGUGAUCCACGGAUAUUUUAUUCUCUACAUGCUGGCAUGUCUGAUUUGACAGUACCAUCAUGGGCUAGUACUCCUGAAGAGUUUAUUAAGCUGCAUAGGGAUGCCUUGGAAAGCAAUCUUGUUUCAUCCUCUAUUCAUCAUUGGAUUGACAUCACCUUUGGUUAUAAAAUGUCAGGUCAGGCAGCGCUUGAUGCCAAAAAUGUCAUGCUUCCCCCAGCAUCGCCAACAGUAUUAAGGUCAGCAGGACGUCGUCAACUUUUCUAUAAACCACACCCUGCUCGUCGGUUAUUGACCAAGUCCACUUUUAAGAGGAACAAAGAGUCGUCUGGGAAUCAUUACCCAGUGAGUGACACUGCAGGCGAGCAAUCUGUUGAAACCAUCUCCUUGGGUGAAUUGGAAGAAACAGCCACAUUCUGUGAGCAUGCGCAGCAUUUAAGUCCAAUUUACAACUUCCAUUCGGAUGACCAUUUGAAGGAUAACUCCUCGAAGAAAGAGCAUCAGAGUGAGAAUUCAGUUAAGUCAAAACUUGCCAGCUGUACCAAAUAUGGGUUGAGAUCAGUUGCUGAUAUUAACUUUCUCAUUGAAAACAUUGAAGUGGAUGAUGACACUGUUAGUUAUCAAGAACUGUUGCUUUGGGCACAGAGGUUUUCUUAUUCAGAUAUUUACUCUCAAGAUAUUGCAAGUGAUAUCUUUGGAGUUGGCUGCAUCUUAGCAGAAAUUUACUUAAACAGGCCCCUUUUUGAUCCUACCACAAUGGUGACACACUUGGAGAGUGGCAUAUUACCUAGAUUGGUGCAAGAGCUCCCUCCUCAGAUACAGUUAGUAGUCAAGUCAUGCAUUGAGAAGGACUGGAAGAGGAGACCUUCAGUGAAAUGUCUUUUGGAUUCUCCAUUCUUCCCAGCCACAGUCAGGUCAUCAUACUUGUUUCUUGCUUCACUUCAACUUCUAGCAAAAGACGAGUCACGCCUUCGUUAUGCCGCAACUUUUGCAAAACAAGGAGCAUUAAAAGCUAUGGGAUCAUUUGCAGCUGAAAUGUGUGCUUCCUACUGCUUACCGCUUGUAAAGACCACCUUGUCAGAUACUGAAGCUGAAUUCGCUUACAUCCUACUCAAUGAGUUUUUGAAGUGCUUAAAUCCAGAGGCUAUAAAGAAACUUGUUUUGCCUAUUAUUCAGAAGAUCUUACAGGCUACCACGUAUUCACAUUUGAAGGUCUCUUUUCUUCAAGGCUCAUUUGUGCUGGACAUAUGGAACCAAAUUGGUAAACAAGCAUAUCUGGAGGCCAUACAUCCAUUGGUAUUAUCAAACUUGUUUGUUGCUCCUAACAAGAGUUCAGCUGCUGCUGCCUCUGUGCUCCUGGUUGGCUCUUGUGAGGAGCUUGGUGUUCCAAUUACAGUUCAUCAGACAAUUAUACCUCUGAUCCAUUGUUUGGGCAAAGGGCUAUCAGAUGAUGGAAUUGAUGCUGUGGUCAGAAUUGGAUGUCUUUUUGGAGAAAAUUUUAUCAUCAAACAGAUACUGCCCUUAAUAAGGAAUCUUGUUCGCUCUUGCCUCAGUUAUUCAUCAGCCAGUAAGCCUGAACUAAUUCACAGUUCGAGCACUUCAGCCCUGAUAAACUGUCUGAUGAUAUUAGAUGGCCUUGUUGCAAACUUAUCGAGGGAGAUGGUAGUUAAGGAGCUAAUUGAAGAUGGAAGUUGCCCAUAUAUUAAGAUUCUAAUGCAGACUAACGUCGGAAUUCCAGUACUUCAAGUCGCUGCUAGUAAACUUGUUGCAGCAUGUGAGCAGAUUGGACUGGAGUUUACAGAGCUGCAUGUCCUGCCAAAACUCAAAGAGUUGUUUGAUGAGCUUGCUUUCUCUCGGGAAAAUCCCAGUAUCUCUGGCAUAUCGGGAGGGACCAUAAGGGGACCCAGAAUUACAAUUGAUGAACAGGAGUGUAUUGGAAAUCGUAUGGACCUUGUGUUUCUUUUGUACCCAUCAUUUGCAUCGAUUCUUGGCAUAGAGAAGCUACGCCAGUGUUGUACAACAUGGUUGCUUCUUGAGCAGUUUCUCCUGCGCCACUACAAUUGGAAGUGGGAAUAUACAGGGGAGUCAUCUCAAAGUAGUCUAGAAACUACAAAUGCCAGAAGAUCAUCUUUCAGCAAGAGAACAACCCCUGACCAUGUACCUGCUAAAAUGUUGCUCAAUGGAGUUGGGUGGUCAAUACCUCAAUCACAGCGAAAGAGAGGUGCUAAACAUUUGAUAUCAACAAAACAUUCAUCAGAACAUUAUCAGACUUCAGAUGCAAGACACAUAGCAAGUUCACAUGUUGAGGAGCAUAACCCUUGGUAUUGGUUUCCUAGUUCAGCAUCUGGGUGGGAAGGGCUUGACUUUAUCGGCCGUUCAGGUGGUCCAAAGGAUGAAAUUCCAUGGAAAAUUAGAGCAUCUGUUAUACACUCUGUCCGAGCACAUCAUGGAGCUUUGAGAUCGCUGGCUGUUUGUCAAGAUGAAUGUACAGUUUUCACUGCUGGGGUAGGUCCAGGAUUCAAGGGGACUGUUCAGAAGUGGGAGUUGGCAAGAUUUGAUUGUGUAUCUGGCUAUUAUGGCCACGAGGAGGCUGUGAAUGACAUUUGUGUUUUGACUUCGUUGGGGAGGGUAGCAUCCUGUGAUGGGACAGUACAUGUUUGGAAUGGUCAAACGGGGAAGCUAAUUUCUGUAUUUUCUGAAUUUUCUACACAUUCUGUGCAUCCUGCAAGUCCUUCAAGCACUUCUUCAAAGAUUGACACAGAUGAAGCCAAUGUACUACACUACAAUGCAUCCUCAACUGGAAUACUGAAUAAUGCAUUUGACGGCAGCUUCUAUACUUGUAUGCAUUACUCGCAGUCCACUGAUAUGCUAAUUGUAGGUGCUGGAAAUGGAUCUCUUAGGUUUAUUGAUAUAAACCGUGGUCAGAAACUUUAUCUAUGGAGGAGCAAUAACAGUGAAUCCAGCUUUCCUUCUUUGGUCUCGUCCAUAUGCUCGUGUGCUUGUGCCAAACCUCGAGCUGAAGGACCCGAUGCCUUUCCAUCCUGGAUUGCAGCUGGUCUAAGUUCUGGUCAUUGCGUGUUGUUUGAUUCAAGGAGUGGAAAAAUUAUUGCAUCAUGGCAAGCUCAUGAGGGGUAUGUGACAAAGCUAGCUGCGCCAAAUGACCAUUUGCUUGUUUCAAGUUCUUUGGACAGAACCUUGCGAAUUUGGGAUUUGAGAAGGAGUUGGACAUCAGAACCCAUUAGUUUUAAAGGUCACACAGAUGGGGUAUCGGGUUUCUCAUUAUGGGGCCAGGAUGUGAUUUCGAUAUCCAGAAACAAGAUUGGUCUUUCUUCUUUAACUGGAUCUGCAGAUGAGGAUGGAGAGCGCCUAGUGACGCCGCAAUAUCUAUAUACGGCGGACAGAGAAUCAAGGAACAUGUCUGUAUUGUCAAGUAUAAGCAUACUUCCUUUCUCACGGCUCUUUCUUGUUGGAACAGAAGAUGGCUAUUUGAAGAUCUGCGCCUAGGCUUGAGUAUGAAGAUGGUUGUUGGGAACGUGUCUGUCGUCCUUGUUGAAGCGAAUAUAUACUUUUAUUUUUGGUGGAAGCUAUAAUAUUAAGGAAUCUGGACAUUGGAAAUCGUGUUGUAACGAGUUUUAGAUAUUUGGAGUUUUGCAACAUCUACUUCGGCUACUUACUAGUCGUCGUAAAUAAAUCAUUGCAGCAAGUGAAGUUUUUAACUUGGAA